CUAUGUAUGCAACGAGGCCUUUGUCAUUGUACCGAGAGAAUUCUAAUGAGCUAUCAUGGCUUCCACCAGCUGAGGCUCAUGGUUCAUCAGGUUAUCUUUUCAUCACAGACAAUGAAGAAGAAUCAGUGGUCAAAGAUGUUAAAGGAGGAUUCUUGUUUCCUCACAACAAAUUCGUAAACGUUGUUUACAGAAAAGGGGUAGGAUAUUAUCGGAAUAUCGAAUGGGAAAAAGUUUGGUUCAUACCUGUUCCUGAUCAACCCUUGUCUUCAAACAAAUACUACGUUAUAAGAGCAUAUGGCAAACACAAAGGGCAAGCAAUUACAUGUUCAAGACAGGAGGAUAUGGGAACUUGUUUCUGCUCUAAAUAUAUUAAGGAUGUUAAACCCAAAGAUUUGAAUCACAGAAACAUAUAUCAAAUAGUAGAGAUUGAACAGAAGCAUGGUGGUUUUGUUGCUAAGUCGGUCGUUCCUGAUGGCAUUCUUCCAGGUUUCCUUAGGGAUUCACAAGGGUGGAAUGUGUACAAAUCAGAUUCAAAGCUUUGCCAGUUAACCCAAGCUUUGGGUCUUAAUUUCUCUCUACGCAGCGUUUUACCGGAACUUAAUUUCCCGUUACGUGGCAGUCAGAUUUCUUCGCCGCCUGUGACUAUCGGGAAAUGGUAUUGCCCUGCUGUGUUCAUGAGGGAUGGAGAUCUGAGACACCAAUUAGAAACUUUUUUGUUUUACGAAAUGACUCUUGAACAGUUUUGGGAAGCAAUUUAUAAGUGCAAAAAUGAUUAUUACUCGCAUAGUAACGCCGUGACUGUGAGCACAAAUGUGAAAAAAGAAACAGUCAAGCUAUUCGGGAUGAAAGCUACCAUGGAUAACAUGGACCACGACGGGACUGAUGGGAUUCAUUGGAUACGAAACGAGGAAAACAAUGUUCUCGGGUUGAGUAUAGCAAUUGUUGACAAAAUGAAGUUGAUUCAGGAAAAGGGAGGGUUCAUAGGAGGAGAUGGAGAAAGAGAUGCCAGAGUGGAACAUGUGGAAGAGUUCAAACAAGGAAAUCAUGCAGGGUGGGAGAGAUUUGGUUGUUUUGUGUUGGUGGAAAGAUUUGUCCUGAAAACAAUGAGUGGAGCUGUAGUUUUUACUUGUGAUUAUAAACAUGUUCAUCAGCUUCAGUGCAAAUGGGCAUGAAAUAACUUCAUCUCUGCAAGAACCUAAAUAUUGUUACGUGCUUACCUCCUCUACUUGCAUCAAUAAAUAAAGCAUUAAUAAU